AUGCUUUCAAUCUUUGGAAACCUGCUGGUGGUUAUUUCUGUUUCUCAUUUUAAGCAGCUUCACACACCAAGUAAUCUCCUUGUACUUUCACUUGCUGUAGCAGAUUUUUUGGUUGGCAUUAGUUUGAUGCCCUUCAGGAUAAUAAAAAUCAUUGACAACUGCUGGUAUUUUGGAGACAAAUUUUGUUAUUUAAAUUUUGUGAUUGACUACAUGCUCACAUCUGUUUCUAUGAGUAAUUUGGUAUUCAUAGCUAUUGAUCGCUAUAUUGCUGUGUGUGAUCCUUUACUUUAUUCUACUAAAGUUACAGUUCCUGUCACACAGUUAAGUAUUACAACUAGCUGGUUCUCGUCAAUAUUGUACACGUGGAUUAUUAUGUUUUUCAAAGGAUUUUAUGUUACUUCGGGGAAUGCCAGCAUUUGUGUAGGAGAAUGUGAAGGAUUCUAUGCUGAAUUUUGGGGUUUGGUGGACUUUAUUAUAACUUUUCUUGUUCCUUGUACUAUAAUAGUAAGUCUGUACUCAAAAAUAUUUAUUGUUGCAAAGAGACAUUUAAAGAUAAUUAAUUCCGCACAUCAGCAAACACAUACAAAAUAUAUUCAGCAAAAGAAGGCACCGAAAAAAUCUGAAAGAAAAGCUGCAAAAACAUUAGGAAUUGCAAUAUCAAUGUUUCUCUUUUGCUGGAUACCAUAUUAUAUAUGUGCAAUCAUUAAUGCUUAUACCAAUGUAGCCAUUCCUAAUAUAGUGUUUAGUAUUUUGACAUGGUUAGUUUAUUUAAACUCUGGCAUGAAUCCAAUAAUUUAUGCUUUGUUUUAUCCAUGGUUUCAAAAGUCAGUAAAACUCAUUGUAACAUUAAAAAUAUUUAAUCCUGAAUCAUCACUAAUUAGUUUAUUUGCUGUAAACCAUUAA